GGUUGAACAGCUCUCAGAUUCUGUGCUGUUAGAGGUAUCUAUUCUGGUCCAUGUGCGGCAAUACCGCACAUCUCGGUCGAGUCACGUUAUUAUGAGUCCUGAUGGAUAUGUGGACCCUGAGAACAAAGCCGCCCAAGAAGCGCGGUGAGACGACGUAGUCUAUUCUGAUUUGCUGCAGCUGCGUAAGGCACCCGAGUCUAGACCUGAGACCGCGCCCAAAUACUCUCACGCUUGUCUCCGCCAUCUCCCUUUUCGCUUCAGUGGCAACGGUUCACGAUCUUGGACCUGGAACUUGAUGUCUUCUGGUUCUCCCGCAUCUGAGAGAUGAGUUCUGAAGUUCCAGAUCUCUGCACGCAGAAAUCAGUUGUGCAAAUGGCUCGGGCCCGUCAAUCCGUUUGUGAAACAUGAUCACCAGGAAGCUCGCGGACGGACGGCAUCUGUAUUGAGCGAGAUCUGCUCGCGGUCCAAUACGAAUUGUCAAUCAGGGAACGUGACCCGUGCUAGUCACAGUCAUUUACCCUGCUUAUAUGCGCCCACUAUGAGCUGUGUCUGCAUCUCGACCACGCUCUACCAUGACUUCUGCCAUUCGCCAGCUUCUCGACAUAAUCACCAAGAACGUCGAAGUUCUCGAGCAGGCGGGGCUCACGAUUCCCGACCUGGCCGAGCCUUUCGCGCCGCCCUCUGAGGCGUUCCGCAUGGAUCCCGCCGGGGGCCCUGCCGCAGCUGCGAUCAGCGCCGCAGCGCUCCAGCUCGAGGCGAUCCUCACUCCUCCCCACAUCUCCUUGUACCGGAUCGUCAGCGGUCACUUCAAGUCUGCUGCGCUUCGCGUGUGCCUUGAGUCCAGCGUGACUGAGAUUCUGCGGGAAGCUGGCCCCCAGGGUCUCCAUGUCAAGGACAUUGCUGAUAAGAAUGGUCAAGAUCCCGAAAAACUCGCCCGCUUCCUGCGCUAUCUUGCUACCCACCACGUGUACCGCGAGGUGGCGCCCAAUGUGUUUGCGAACAACCGCAUUUCCAGCAUGCUCGAUACCCUGAAGCCUGCAGCGGAUGUCAUCGCGCACCCGGAGACGAAGCACGUCGGCACAAUGGGACUCGCCGCCCUCGCGGGCCACCACUUGGAUGAAGCCUUCAAGGCGUCGGCAUACGCCUGGGAGACGCUCGAGGACCCGAAGACCGUCCGGUCCGGUGAUCCGACCGCGUCUCCCUUCGCCCGUGCGAUGGGCCGUGCCGAGACUCUGUGGCAGUAUUACGAGCGCCCGGAGCAGAAGUGGCGGCAGGAUCGUUUCGGGAUCGGAAUGCAGGGGAUCCAGGCGCUUCAGCCGCCCGAUGCUGUUGUUCAGGCGUACAAGUGGGAAGAAGUCUCUCCCGGAUCGCUGAUCGUUGAUGUCGGUGGAGGUGUUGGAACGUCGACCUUGACGCUAGCGAAGAAGUUCCCCGAUCUUAAGUUCGUCGUGCAGGAUCUCGAAGCUGUAAUUGGUCAGGCUAAGGAUAUCUGGGCCACAGAGCAUCCUGAGGCCAUUUCGUCCGGCCAGGUCACGCUUCAAGUCCAGGAUUUCUUCGUACCCCAGCCCCAAAACAACGCAUCCAUUUACUUGUUGAAGCAAAUCAUGCACGACUGGUCCGAUGAAUAUUGCGUCAAGAUUCUCACCCAACUCUCCAAAGCCGCGAAGCCCGGUGCGACUCUUCUCCUGCUCGAUAGCGUGAUGCCGCUGGCCUGCCGAGACCCGAGCGCCGACGGACCCGGCGGCAUCCCCGGUGCGGCACCUGUCGAGGCGCCCGCGCCGUUGCUUGCCAACUACGGUGGCUACAACGAUAUGGGAUACAAUGCUGAUUUCGACAUGUUCUUGCUAUUCAACUCGCAGGAACGCACCGUCAUCCACUUCACGGAGUUGCUCGCCAAGACGGGCUGGACCGUCGUCGCGGUCCACCGCCAAGCGGGGGACAGCACCUUCCUCCAGAGCAUCGAGGCGAAGAAGGUGGCGUGAAGACUCAUCCCCUGGCUCGAGCUAGAAAGCGCUCAAUAUGCUAUGCGUUUCUUUCCAGACGGCCAGAAAAGCGAGUUUAUGACGGUUAAUGAAACGUGCCGGGGGCCCGAUUGCGUACCUGCGGUGCUUGUGAACUCCACUUCUUGAGGUGCUCUUUUGCCCUCUGUACGAUUACCGUCUGUUAUCUAUUUUUGCAUGGGAAUGGAAUCUUUAUCAGAUACUAAGCUAAACCGUUCCUCGCGGAAAAA